AUGCCUGGGAGAAGCGCAGACCGGUUCCACGCGCUCGUCCUCGCGCUCAUCCUCGCCGUAUCGCUGCCGAGCUCGCGAGGCCAAGAUGACGGCACUGGACGAGUUGAUGGAGGAGAAUCAAAACUGGAAGAAGAGAUCAUCCCCAUCACCAGCAAACAGGAGUCCAUGAGGGAGCGCUACAAGAUUGCAACAGCACUUCCACCAAACUUUAACCACCAACCCAACCUGAAAGGCUUUCUCCUCCAUGAGGCUCUGCUCAGGAAGAACUUUGAAGGAGACCAGCAAUUCUUCAGAGAUAGUGGUCAUAUGGAGGCUCAUCCAACCUCUCCAAGACCAUCUUACAUAGAACCUGGAGAUCAAGUUGGAGCAACUCGUGCGGUUCAUCAUGAAGAUGCACCAGCUUUCUCCGACAUCGCUACCACAGUCAUGACAACAGUCAGUCCUACUAGUCCUGGGAAACUACUUUCCAUAGACCAAAAUAGGCCAAGUAAGAAAAGGAUAGAAAGCAAGGGAGGUCAAGUGGUCACGGCUACAAGUCCAUCAAGAACUGGACAACAAAGAGAUUCACCAAAGGCUGAACAGUAUCCCAAGCUGGAUUUCACAAAAAAAGGACCUCGGCCAGUCGGGAAGAGCUUUAUGGAUAAUCCCACAGACAUGGGUGGAGAUACAACUAUAACAAGCAUUAUCCACACCACAACAGUAAUCAGCACCAUGAGAGAACAAGGUCAAUGCAGCAUGAACUUAACAGAUGCUGAGGGCUACAUUGAGCUGCCGCCAAGCUCUGAUUCAGUCGACUCCAAUAUGGACUGCACCUACUUUGUGACGGUCUAUCUUGGAUAUGGGGUUGAAAUUCAGGUGCUGAAUGUGACAUUGGCGGAAGGCGAGAACGUGGUGCUGGAAGACCUAGGUGGCCUUGAGCCCUCAAUCCUGGCCAACAAGUCACGGCUGACCAAAGGGCUAGUGGUGAAAAGCUCCAGUAAUCAGAUCUCCAUCCACUUUACCAGCGAGAAGCAGCUGAGACCAGGUUCCCUGCUGCUGCGAUACAAAGCCUUUGUUUUGAGCUGUGGUUUCCCACAAGCUCUCGCUAAUGGUGAGGUGACUGUGAGCAGUCUCCAUGUUGGAGGAGAGGCCUAUUUCUUCUGUCUAACUGGAUACCAGCUUCAUGGCGUGUCGUCUCUGACCUGCCGCAACGCCACCAUGCCAUACUGGAGUGGCAAAGAGCCCAAAUGUGUAGCUUCUUGUGGAGGGAUGCUUAAAAAUGCCACUCUGGGCCGCAUUAUCUCUCCUGGUUUUCCGGGCAACUACAGCAACAACCUCACAUGUCACUGGGUGCUGGAGGCCCCUGAGGGCCACAGGCUGCAUGUACAUUUUGAGAAAGUCGCUCUGGCUGAGGAUGAUGACAGGCUGCUAAUCAAAAACGGGAACAACAUCGACUCGCCUCCUGUGUACGAUUCUUAUGAAGUGGAAUAUCUUCCCAACGAGGGGGUAGUGAGCACGGGGAGGCACCUGUUUAUCGAAUUCACCACAGACGAGACGGGUACCUGCACUGGUGCUGCAAUACGAUACGAAGCUUUUGCCCAGGGCACGUGCUACAAGCCUUUUGUGAAAUACGGCAACUUCUCCAGCAGUGACGUGUCGUUUGGAGUGGGCACGGUGGUGGAGUUCUCCUGCGAGCCGGGCUACACGCUGGAGCAGGGCUCUGUCACUAUCGAGUGUGUGGACUCUGAGAACCCACAGUGGAAUGAGACUGAGCCGGCUUGCCGUGCUGUGUGCAGUGGAGAGAUCACAGAUUCAGCAGGAGUGGUGCUCUCGCCGAACUGGCCUGAAGCCUAUGACAAAGGGCAGGACUGCAUCUGGGGCAUUCACGUGGAGGAAGACAAGAGAAUCCUGCUGGAUGUUCAAGUUCUUCAUCUUGGGAAAAAUGACAUCCUGACGUUUUACGAUGGCGAUGACCUCACGGCCAACAUCCUGGGCCAAUACAGUGGCACUCUACCCAGAUUCAAGCUCUACACCUCCAUGGCGGACGUGACCAUCCAGUUUCAGUCCGAUCCUGCCACCAACAUCUACGGCUACAACAAUGGCUUCGUAGUGCAUUUCUUUGAGGUGGCUCGCAAUGACACGUGCUCAGAAUUGCCAGAGAUCGCGAAUGGCUGGAAGAGCACUUCCCAUCCGGAUCUAAUCCACGGAACAGUCGUGACCUACCAGUGCUACCCGGGCUUCCAGGUGGUCGGAUCCGAGAUCCUCAUGUGCCAAUGGGAUCUGACGUGGAGCGGAGACGUUCCCAGCUGCGAGAAAGUGAUGUUGUGUCAGGACCCAGGUUCUGUAGAACAUGGACGCAGGCUGAUGACGGGUUCACGUUUCACCGUGGGCUCCACUGUGCAGUACAUGUGUAAUAAAGGCUACACACUCUCAGGCCCGAGUCUGCUCACCUGCUACAGCCGCGACACAGCCGAGCCCAAGUGGAGCGAGAAGAUGCCCAAGUGUGUCCCUGAAAGGUACGAACCCUGUGCUAACCCCGGAGCUCCUUCCACUGCCAUCCAGAGCUCAGAGAAAGCCUUCUUCCAGGCUGGAGAGACGCUGAGCUUCACCUGCCGCCCAGGAUACGAGCUGCACGGCGAACCCACCAUCCGCUGCCUCCCAGGGCAUCCAUCUGAGUGGAGCGGAGCGCCACCUGCAUGCCGGGCCUCAGCAAGAGAUGUUAAUGAGCGCAGAUUAGACGUAAUCAGUACUAGUUUUGGUGCCGAGGGUGCAGACACGGCCAUCGCAGUCGUGCUUCCUGCUGCAGUGGUGUUACUGGUCAUCCUGGGCAUUUUCCUUUACUUCUCCAACGUCCAAGGAAAGACUGUGCGCCUCUCCAGCUCCUCGUCACUUCCCUACGACAACAUGACAGAGGAGUCAGCGUUCGACAACCCCGUCUACGAGACCGGAGUAAGUAUGGACGCCCUGAACCUGAGAGACGUGGACUCCCAGAACACCGUCGUCCUGUCCUGACCGCUCGGCUUCAUCUGUCCCGUCAUCGCAUCACCAGCAGACGGCAGCAUUGGCGCCACUUCCAUUCUCACCCGAUUCUCAUGUUCUGCUUUUGCUAUUAAGUCUGGUAUUAAGCAGUUAAUUAAAAGAUACAGACGCAGGAUUGGCUUUCUGUUGGAAAGAAAAUCUAAAAUGCACGUCACUUUCCAGACAUGUGCCCAUCAUCAUGUGUCUGGUGGCAGAAAGGAAAGGAUGUCUAAUUACCAAGGGCAUCUGUUUACCGAACGCAUAAUGCAACACUGUACAUUAAGCUAUUUUAACUGUUAUUUUCUGAACAAACCACAAA